AUGGAGAACGAAGAUCCUAUCGCUCCUCUGCAUGAAGAAAAGGUUGGUAAUGAAGGUGCUGAAAACUCUUCCGCUGCUACUGUAUCUGGUACAGCACCUCUCCAUCGAAUUCCUAAGAUCGAACCAGAAGUCUCGAACAAAGUGAAUCCGAAAGUCACUUCUCAACCUCCAAGGAAGAAACAGUGUACCAGAGGCUCGACUUCUAAGGCCAAGGCAAAAGCUUCUACAAUUCCGUCUCGACGACUUCCUCAUCUCGCUGCUGCCCGGCCAUCGUUUCGGGAAACUGAAGACGUUGAAGAGAUUACAGCUGCUCAACCUCAUCGCAAACCAGAUCUGAGUGACUCCGAUGUGGAAGAAGUGGAUCCGUCGUCGUUCUUAACUCGAUAUGUAACUAAUCAGCGUCUUGUGGCUGGUCGGGAUAGAAAUUAUCCAGAGCUGAAAACUCCUUCCACUGUUCCGUUCUCCUCUCACUUCGUCUCUCCUCAAGCAGAGCACCGAUUUCAGGUCCUCUCCAAAAGACAAGAUUCAACUGGUCGGAUUUUCAAUGAAAUGGGAAUCCUGUUGGAUGACUGCCCUCAGUGGGAUGAAGUGUCCAAGAUUAUGUCUACUGUAAGUCUUCUUCCCACUGCCAUUGAAGCCGAUUCAUUCACUGAAAACGUCGUAAAGGAGUUUUAUGCUAAUCUUCCGGAAGCUGAGAAUGAUGACCCUGAGGUUCUAAAAGUCUUUGUGCGAGGAUCACUCUAUGAGUUCUCUCCUAUGAUCAUCAAUCAGCUGUAUCAGUUACCCUCUCCACCUUAUCCUUCAGAAGGCUCGCAAAUUCACAUCUCUGAAUCCUUGAAUCAAGUCGUGUCUCUUCUCACCGAUGGUAGAAUUCGCGAUUGGAAGCGACGCUCUAAGAGAGGAAUGGGUGAUGCAAUGUCUCUGCUCCACAAGAUCUGCUGCCAAAACUGGAUGCCAACAGUGAAUCUUAAUGCUCUAAAAGCUGAACGCUCGUCCCUGCUGUUCAUGGUUGUGAAGGGUCGUCCCGUUAACUUUGGGAAGUUAGCAUUUGAUGAAAUUCGAGCUUGCUCGUCUGUUGUCAUGAAUGAGUCCUCCAAUCUUCGGCUGGUCCUCCCAAAUCUGAUUGAUCAACUGCUGCGGUUUCAGCGUAUUGUUCCUUCUGCUCAGGGUGAUGUUUCCUCUGCUGCUCCUGCUAAGUUUCGGAUUGAACCCAAAGAGAUGCUCCCACCAAGGACUUCUCACUCUGCUGCAGAAAACACGCUAACUGCCGAUCUUCAGCAUCUCCAUGAGUUUACUCAGACCAUGCUUCAACGGCUUGAAGGGGGAGAAUAUGUGGAUGUUGUUCCGCAACCAAGGUCGCAACAGUUUCAGGGGGAGACAGAACCUGGGGUUUCCGACGAUGAAGGAGAAGCGGAUGAAAGUCAAAGUGGCUAAAUCUAAGUAUUUGAUCUCAGUAGAGGGAUGAGUAGGACUUAGGAGCUGGUUUUUAGUCUGUACUCUGUAGGGUGUUAUCGGAAUCUCAUCGGAUAUUGUUGUUGUUUCCUUUUGGUUCAGUCUGUUUACGAUCUGACUGUUGAACUUGUUUAAAAAUGAUGUGAUAUUAUGUUUGCUAAAAUCUGUGCGGUGUGUAUA